AGCCAUUCUGGCUCAAGGUGUUUUGAAUCAGUCGUGCGCGCGUCGUUCAAUUUGACCCGCAGAAAGCAUUCGUCAGCGCGCCUGAGAAGCGAGUGUGCAUGUGCGCGCUCUGAUUACGAAAAGUGUCGGUUCCAUGUGGUGUACAAAUGACAGCAGGCCUUGUCUGCUGACGGCACGCCUAUCUGCGGCUGUAGUACCGUGGUUGCCUCCUAGUUGGAUUUUGGUUAUUGUGUGCCUCGGACGAUUCCAUCUGAACACUGGCGUGGCGCUCAACCCCACCCAGGAGGCUGCUGGCAGGGCGGGGUCCAAGUGUUGUCAGAUCGAGUUCGGCAUUCUGGAACCAGUGUUUUACAAUGUGUCCGACGGCCUUUCGAGCAUCCAGCUGACGAUGAGCAGUCUUGCUGGCUCUAACGCAGAGGUUAAAGACAAGAUCUGUAUACAGCCCCAGGGUAAACUAUCGCUCAGAGACUGCAACAACGCCGAGUACAGGACCAGCGAUGACCACACGGUGUUCAAGUUGCUGGAUGUCAAAACUCUCCCCGACGAUAUAUGUGAGGGUGACGAGGCCAUCAAAGAGUGUGGUGAUUUCGAUGAGUGGAAGAUCGUGCUUGUAGAGAACGGGCUUCAGACAAGCCGUUCGGAUGCCGCAUUCCCCGAUCUGGCCGCCAAGGAUUGGGGCACCUCGAAGUAUCAGUCAGAAAGUCUCUGGGGUGCACGGAAACGCUUCGUUGGAGAACGAUAUUUGAAGGCUUUCGGCCAUUGGCGCGCCCCCCCUUUCUCUGCCUUCGGCUUUGAGUCGGGCAUGCCGCCCUACAGGAGGCAUGGUCAAUUAUAGUCAACAUGUGGAGACGAUUUUGUUGACAAUGAUUGACGACGUGUUCUUGAUGUGUUGGUUAUUGAGCAUUUCUCGUCCAAAAUCGACCUGACGCUAGGCGUCCAGGGAUCCCUUGUCGCCAUCAUUGCCGUCGUCAUCCUCCUACCUAAGGCGGUUGUUCUUCCCCACGGCCGCCAGAGGGGUUUCCCCUCUCUCCUCGCAGGGGGGGGGGUCCCUUUGAUCCCUCGGGGGGCCCAGUAGGUCUACAUCGGCCCCUCUCAGGCCCAUGGCUUGGCCUUCUUGUGGAGGUUCCUGGAGCCUCCAGGGCUAGGAGCGUAGAGCAG